AUGUGUGAGAUACAUUUUACGUUUCGGAAAGACUGCAUUGAGUGUGUAUUAGGAUUUUUAUUUAGCAGCUACUCGAGCUUUUAUGCCAAGACUUUGCUUUGCUGCCCUGUGCACUUUUGAUGAAGCACCACCUCCUGCGUGCCUGAUACGCCGCCGCUGAACAACUGGGGCCGAAAAUUACCCCCGAUCAUAACAACAGGUCUUUUGCGAUACUUUUUUCCCCCUAUGGACAAUAGGCGACCUUCGCGCUUUUCACAGGACACUGAUCCCAUGACGACGCAGAAGCACCGUUAGAGGAAAACAAGGGGUCUGAAAACUUUUUUUUCAACAAAAUGGUUAAUUACAGGAACAAACAAUCGGGGUCUGAGCAAGCAGCUUGCUACUGCAAACUUUAACUUUGUACUUACCGCCGUUUUUGAGGUUUAUUACGACGCUUUUUCAUGCUUUCUAUAACGGAACACCAGACGGAACAUAUGUUGCAUUUUUAUUGCAUGCAAGCCCACUCUUUCUAGUUUGCCUAUUGCGGUAAGUAGCUAAAACGCGCUCUUUUAGAGCGCAGUCGCACGUUUUCCACAGCUGUAAUAUAAAGAAAGGAUACAUUGCUUCGUUGCAACUUCGGGGUUGCAGUUAAAAGUACAAUAACCUUUGCAUAACAAAAGCAUUUUUUUCAUCCGCUGCCUGAGGCUCGGCGCAUGCGCGCUCGCUGUUUGCUGUCACUAAAACAUUUUUCUUCGCAUUGGAAACUGUCACGAGUGACGUCAAUCACGGAGCACUGACCAAUUAGAGCGCUCGGUGAUUGUUUGGCUCCACGGGCUGCAGCGCCUACCAUGAAUCUCUAUUCAGUAUAUCAAAGCGUCCUGCUGCUGCCUCUCAACCGAAUGGGAUUCCACGUAGGCACUGAGAUAGCAACUAAACUUUAGGGGAAGUUUAAUUUUUUUUUCUUCUUCUGUAUUCUUCAAAGCGAUUAAAAUAUAUUUGUCAUCAUCAUUAUUAUUAUUUUGCCUGCUGUCAAGUUAUUCUAAAAUUAGGAGUAAUGAGCGUGGAUGCUUUGGGAAGCCCUGUGAUGGACCCCGCGUUUUCCAAACGGAACACGACGCUGAGAUUAGUUGACUUGGCAGGGGCUCACCACCAUCACCAUCAUCACCACCAUACCCCUCAGAGCGUGACAGGCUUCCCGGGGUUCAGCAGCCAUCCACACUCAAUGGCUCACUCGCACCCUGGGGAGAUGACUGCGGAACCCCGCCUGGGGCCGAGUCCAUUCGGGCCAGAACACAUGGGGCACUCCGCGGCCCUCAAAAUCAGCCCAACCCAUCAUUAUCCCCACCACCAUCACCACCACAAUCAUCAUAUUGCAGGCCACAGUGAAGUGGUCUCCAGUCAAACGGGAGCUUUUGGCCCGGUGCAGGCGGCAACGGUUCCGUACUCUAUGUCUCACACGGCCCAGGCGCUAUCCGCAGGUAGGGAUUUCCUCAUUCGCCGAGAUUUGACAGCUCAAGCCAUGCCCGUGCUGACCGAUCAGACUUCUGGUUCAGCCUCUCACCACGGAAUGUUUGUCUCAACAACAGGUAGCUAUCCGGGACACUAUGGUCAUCACCCCGACCCUGGGAACCAUACUCUCUUCCCUGGACUUCAUCACGAGCAGCCAUCUACCGGAGCACCAGGUGGCCAAGCCUUGAACGGACAAAUAAGGUUAGGAAUACCUGCCGAAAUGUACGUUCGGUCUGAUCAUUUGAGUCAAGUAGCGAGCUCCAGGGCAGACCCGUUCUCUGCUUCUCCGCUGCACGGAUACGGCGGACUCAAUCUGAACAUGAAUCUCAGCGCACACCACCACCACCACCAUCACGGAGCUGGCGCGUUUUUCCGUUACAUGAGGCAACCGAUCAAGCAAGAGCUCAUCUGCAAGUGGCUGGAGCCAGAGCACUCCGCCAAGAAACUUUGCUCCAAAACUUACAGCACCAUGCACGAACUGGUGACGCAUGUGACUGUGGAGCACGUUGGAGGACCAGAGCAAGCGAACCAUAUCUGUUUUUGGGAAGAAUGUCCACGAGAGGGAAAGCCGUUUAAAGCUAAGUACAAACUUGUGAAUCACAUCAGAGUGCACACCGGAGAGAAACCGUUUCCCUGUCCAUUCCCCGGCUGUGGAAAAGUAUUUGCCCGAUCGGAAAAUCUGAAAAUCCACAAGAGGACACACACAGGUGAAAAGCCUUUCAAAUGCGAGUUUGACGGCUGUGACAGACGGUUCGCCAACAGCAGUGACCGGAAAAAGCAUUCCCACGUACACACUAGCGAUAAGCCGUACAACUGCAAAGUCAGAGGUUGUGACAAAUCGUACACGCAUCCCAGCUCUUUGAGAAAACACAUGAAGGUGCACUGCAAGUCUCCACCUCCGAGUUCUGGUUACGAAUCAUCGACUCCAUCUCUUGUUUCUCCUUCAUCGGACUUGGGACGGGAGCCAGCUCCCUCUGCGCUCUCCGAGCCGCUCUCUUCAUCGUCCCAACCGGCCAAUUUAAGCGAAUGGUACGUGUGUCACAGCUCCGGUGCCAGUGGCCCUCAGACCCCACCCAGCGGUUCCUCCACGCCGGGCCACACGGAGGGGCCAACGUACGGCAAUCCUGAACGGAGGGACGCCUUCUAACAAAAUAUUAGCCCAUAAUAUUCAUUUGGCAAAGGGACUGAAAUGACUUUGACAUCUUUUCUUAUUUGGACAGUCCAUUUUGGACUGAACGGUCACAGGCUGACGUUCAAAGAGUAGGCUUGUCCACUGUUACUGCCUUACUGAAGGAUGCACUGGCCCUUUGACAGCUAAUGUCACUGCCCAACCACCAAUCGAUUUAAAACAUGUCCCGAGUGUCUAUGUUUAUAAAUAGUGUACUGGCCGUACGCAUGUCACUGUAUCAUUUUGUAAAUUUCCGCUUUGAUUUCAAUAUCUUAAUUUAUUUUUUAAUCGGUAAAGAAUUUCUUUUUGUAUUAUUGAACCAAAGUGCUUAAUUAUUAAAUCUGUACAGUUGUAAAUGACGACGGUUUAAUGUCUAUGUGUGAACAGUACUUUUGUAAGGUUUUGUCUUUAGACAAUUUUUAAAUGUUUGCUACUCUACUUUGUACAAAACUAAUAUUCCGGAUUAUUUGAAUUUCAUAAAGACGUAGACUCUUUCCUCCAUUUGUGCUUUCUCCAACCCAAGCCAAUUUGAAGGGAACAGCGUUAUUGUAUUUGAUAUGACGUUUCAUUUAUGAUUAGUCAUUUAUCAAUGUGGUUAUUUUGUGAUUUUGUAAAACUUGUCAGCAAUCCAUUUUUAUGAAAAAUAUGAAUUAUCAGAAGAGACCUUAAAAUGUGUACCGAAAUGCCUUGUACGUUGUCAGUAUUUUGAAUAAAUUGUGUAUGAUGCAAAGCUAAAAGACCUCCUUAAGCUUUAUAGGUA